GGCGGAGCGGCGGGAUGCUGGGCGGGGACGGACCCGGGCCGGGCGCCCGGAGAGGCGGAGUUGCGGCGUCGCCCUUCGCCACAGCUCGCGGCAGCCGCGCCUCGGGGGCGGGGGAGGUGGUGACAGAGCCGCAGGGGUCUUGGGGCCCUGCAGAACCGUGGGCUGCUGGACUAGGCAAUCAGCAGAAGAACAUGGCGCCCUGGACACUCUGGCGCUGCUGCCAACGCGUAGUGGGCUGGGUUCCGGUGCUCUUCAUCACCUUUGUGGUCGUCUGGUCCUACUACGCGUACGUGGUGGAGCUGUGCGUGAGUACUGUUUCCAGAACAGGAGAAAAAGGAAAGACCGUUGUUUACCUUGUGGCUUUCCAUCUGUUCUUUGUUAUGUUUGUAUGGUCCUAUUGGAUGACAAUUUUCACAUCUCCCGCUAGCCCCUCCAAAGAGUUCUACUUGUCAAACUCUGAGAAGGAACGUUAUGAGAAGGAAUUCAGCCAAGAAAGACAGCAAGACAUUUUGAGAAGAGCAGCAAGAGACUUGCCUGUCUACACCACGUCAGCUUCAAAAGCUAUCCGAUAUUGUGAAAAAUGUCAGUUGAUUAAACCUGACCGGGCCCAUCACUGCUCAGCAUGUGACAGAUGUGUUCUUAAGAUGGAUCAUCACUGUCCAUGGGUGAAUAACUGUGUGGGAUUUACUAAUUACAAGUUCUUCAUGCUGUUUUUGUUGUAUUCUCUGCUGUAUUGCCUUUUCGUGGCUGCAACAGUUUUAGAGUAUUUUAUAAAAUUUUGGACGAAUGAACCAACAGUUUUAACGUUCCCCAGCGCAAAGUUCCCCAGCGCAAAGUUCCAUGUUCUGUUCCUGUUCUUUGUGUCUGCAAUGUUCUUCGUCAGUGUGCUUUCACUGUUCAGCUACCAUUGCUGGUUGGUUGGAAAAAAUAGAACAACAAUAGAAUCAUUUCGUGCACCUAUGUUUUCUUAUGGAAUAGAUGGAAAUGGUUUCUCUCUUGGAUGCAGUAAAAAUUGGCGACAAGUCUUUGGUGAUGAAAAGAAAUAUUGGCUAGUUCCAAUAUUUUCAAGCUUGGGUGAUGGUUGCAGUUUUCCAACUCGCCUUGUGGGGAUGGAUCCAGAACAAGCGUCUAUUGCAAACCAGGGUGAAUACAUCAGAAGUAUUGGCUCAAAUCAACCUUUUCCUAUCAAACCACUUAGUGAGUCAAAAAACCGUUUGUUGGACAGUGAAUCUCAGUGGCUAGAGAAUGGAGCUGAGGAAGGAAUCACCAAAUCAGGUAUAUAAAAACACAUUUUGGACUAUUUUCAGUUUUAUUUGGAAGAAAAUGAUGGAUGGAAUGAAAUACUCGCAGUAUAACAGAAGAUAUAUUUUUAAAAGGACGUGUUUGUACAGUGAUGGCUCCACAGAAGCACUACAAAGCAGAAAGAUGCCUUAAUUCUUAGUGUCCAUUGUGUAACAUUGCCUCACAGCUCAAAAGUGACUUAAUUCUUAGUGUCCAUUGUGUAACAUUGCCUCACAGCUCAAAAGUGACUUAAUUUUCCUUUGGAAAUGACACCUGUCUUACCUGUUUUACAAUGCUAUCGUCACAUGUUAACAUGCUGUAUGUAUUUUUAACAUCUAAAUCACAACAUUAGAGUUAUUUCUAGUAUCCGCAUAAAUUUUCACCCUAAAAGUACAAACUAAAAAACUGUCUGUGAUAAAGUAUAUCUAGGGCAAUGGGGGUUAGCCAAAUCACCGAGUCUUAUGCUGAGUGAAGGGAAGAAUACUUCUUUUUUAUUAGAUGUUUACUAAUUUAUAAUUACUGUUUUAUACUUUUCAACAUUUUAAUAAAGAUUUUUUUAAUUAUUGGCUAUAAAAUAACACUCAGAAGGAUUCAGAUACCUAAAUAUAAUCAUUUAGAACACUGAAGAUAUUAAUAUAAUUCAGUAAAGGUAUAGUUAGAAGCAUUCAUACUUCUAAUUAGUACUUUUAAAAGCCAAGUGGCACAUGUCUGUAAUCCAGCACUCAGAAAGCUGAGGUAAGAUUGCUGUGAAUUUGAGUCCAGCGUUAGUUACGUAGGACCGUAUCCACAACCCAGACUAAUACAACAUGUGGUGUAGUGUGAGCCGAAGGCGCAAAGGAAACAUGGUAGGAAAAGAAAUAGUUUGGUAUUCUCUGCUUUUUAAUUACUAUUUGUGAAUUUUCAGGGGAAUUUUAUAUGGGCAGGAAAGCACAGAGAUUUCACAUGCUAUCCAAAGACGUAACACAUACAUGAAUAGAUGGGACUGGAUAAAGAAGAGAGAAUGAAAGAAGGAAUAUUAUAAACAACUGAACAAAUUUUCAUCCCUAAAAGUAUAUAGACUACAAUAUGCUAUUGAAUAGGCUUUCAGUUUAGGCAAUGUCUGGAAAUUACUAUGGUAACAGUGACUGAAAAUGCAGUUCAGAUCAGGAUGAAAUAAAUAAAAAAUUAAAAAAAAAUACAAAUUCCGAGUCUUGGGCAGGAGAAAUGUUUCCAUACAUAAAGGCCCUUGCCCUCAAAUGUACAACCUGACAUCAGUCACAUUCUGGAAGAAGAGAACCAACUCCCUACAUGUUGUCCUCUGGCAUUUACAUGUGCCAUAGACUCUCCUUUUAAAAGAUAGUGUGUUUUUAGCAUCUAGCGGCUUUACCAGGAAUGGCUAUAUUUAGGAGAUAGUCCAGUGGUCUGUGAACAGGCAAAGUAGAGAUGGCAGUUCAGAGGCUCCCAACAUUAUGCAGUGCUGAGGUUUGUGAAUUACCUUGCUUCUCACUUACCCAAGUAGCUCUGAAGUCCUUGCAAUAGCGAGCGUACUAAAGAUAGCGCUGUGAUUUCCUAAUCCUGCAUAAAUCAGGACGGCUGCUGCUUUAACUUUGUGAUUUCGGAAGUUUAUUGGAUUCCCUUUAACUGCACUAAUUCUGAAUCUUAAGUAAGUAACUUUUGGUCCUUUGGACCAAAGGAGUGAGUUAGCAUUGGCACCAAGGUUUAAAAUUGUAUGUAGUAUGGAUUCCUCUUCAUUUCAACUCUUUUUUUUUUUUUUUUUUUUUUUUUUUUUUUUGGUUCUUUUUUUCGGAGCUGGGGACCGAACCCAGGGCCUUGCGCUUCCUAGGUAAGCGCUCUACCACUGAGCUAAAUCCCCAGCCCCUCAUUUCAACUCUUUAUUGUUAAAACUUUCAUUCUAUAAAAAAAAACAAUUAAGAGAUACCAGUGACUGCUAGGCGUGCUGGUGCAUGCUGGCCAUCUCAGCCCUUGGGAGUCUAAAUGAAGUCGGUCUAGUUCAUUCUCAGCAUCAUAGUGAGUUCACAAGUCACCUGUGCUGCAUGAAACCUGUGUCAGAAAACCAAGAGGAAAAAAGACCAAUUAUUAGCCAGAAAUACAACCUCAAUUUGGUCAUUUGCAUGCUACUUUCAGAAUGUUCUCAUAUUUCAGAGUUUCUAUAUUUAGAUCAAGGGCUUUGCAUGCACCUGUCAUAUUUGACCCUUUAACACACCGUUAUGUAGAAGUUCUGAGUGGUCAUCCUUUGUUUACUAGCAUAGCAAACCAUUUUUAGUUUUCUGCUUUGGUAGCCGUUAUAGCCAGCCUUUUGCCAUGUCCUAAAAUGUCUAGCUGCCUUUUGUUGUUUUGGUUUUGUUUCAUUUUUUGCUGGGGAAUCAAAACCAUGGCCCUCUGCAUACUAGGCAAGUCCUCUACCACUGAGCUCCAUCCCUGGCCCAGGCUGAAGCUGUUCAUACAUGUGAGUAAACCAUUCAUUAGGGGCCAGCACGUGGUAUGGGGAUCAGGGAGAGGCUGGCUGCUUAGUGUCUGAACUGGUAUUGAGUCUGCUAUCAGCUGGGGGGACAACGUUAAAAGGAAGCUUUGCCAAAAUUUCAAACACUUGAACAUUUGUGAAGAAAAUGGAGUUAAAUUUCAGGUCCUGCCCUUGCCAUUAAAAACAUGAGACAGGAGACACAGACAGAGGUACUGACUGUGAGUACCUGCACCUGACCGCUGUCACCGUGCCAACCAAAGCGCUGCAGUGUACCGCUGUUGACAUGAGCAUGUUUACAGUGUGCCAGCAUUGACAUGAGCAUGUUUACAGAGUUGGGUUUUUCUUCAUGUAAGAGUGAUUUUUAAAAAAAACUUUUUACAUAGUAAUGAUUCAAUGUGUUAAAAGCAUAACAGGUUAGCUUAAAAUAUGAACUUUACUUGAAUUUUAAUUCUUACAGAAAGCAAAUUUUGACUGUUUACAGGAAUGCUUGAAAUGAGUCAUGAGACCUCCAGUUAUCUCUGAAGCAAAGCUAUGUUACAUACAGGCUUAGUGUUAGAGCCUGCAUAUCUGGGGCAUUCAAAAGCAGUAACUCAAACAAUGCUUCGCUUACAUCUUGUUCUACAGAGUAGUACUUACAGUCUGCAUACGUAUUUUUAACUGAUAUUAAGAAAUCAUAUUUUUGCAUUUCAGUCAAUCUAAUAAGAACAUAGGUAAAAGUACAAAUAAGAUGUAAAUCUGAAAUUCAUGUUUCAUAUGAUCUAAGCUGUAUUUUUAAAUUCAAAUUUAAAAUACAAUAGAGAUUCAGAAAGGUCCAUAUUUUUCUAAUGACUUCAUGCUAUAUUAUUUUCUUGAGUUAGGUAAAGCAAGGAAUUGUAUGUGUAUUCAGGAGCUGAGAAAGCUGUUAGUUUAUUAUAUUUGUACGUGAUUACAGAUAAGCCUAUGCCCAUUUAAAAGAAAAGAUGGAUACUAUUUAAGGUGAUAUUUAAUAUGCUUUUCUAUAAACAAGUUUGAAAUAUAGUUUACCUUAGUUGUCUUAUCAAUAGCAUAGCCUUCUAUUUAUUUCUCAUUGUGUGAACCUGGACCAUGACCAAUGACUCUGUGCUCUGUACUUUGGAUGGCAUAACCUGCAUUACUAUGUGUACAUUUUACAAUUUUUUUUCAGAAACCAUAAUUACUUUAUUAAUAAACAGAUAGAGAUGU